GUGUCAUCGGACAUAGCAUAUUAUGUAGGUAUGUAGUCAACCCUAGCAAUCAGCUCCGCCGACCUGAGAUGCCUAGAAUGCCCAGGAAACAAAACUUCCAUGCAUGUGGUUUCAGCAUGUACCCAGGUAGGGUAAGGUAGCUUGCUAUUUGCUAUACGGCGGAAGAGCUAAAAGAGUUACAAGCUUGCCUGCCGGAAACGUGAUUGCGAAUAACCAAUGAAAGAAGGAAUACUGCUUCGAAUUCCGAACGUGAUUGGUUCCUGCAGGCGCGGGAUUAUGGUGAAUGCUCUCUUGUUUUUGGUGGGAUAGUAUGAAUGCAAGAGGUAGGCAUGAUCGAGAUGGUGGGGUAGCGCCAAACAGCAAUAAAGCUAAAGUGGAUUCCUCCUUCUACAAUUCACGUCCCCUUUCUGCCCCGCCUUCUUGCGUAUUAACUCAACUUUGCCCGAUUUCAUCAUCCCGGAAGCUCUACAUACAUAAAAGCGUAAGGGUACCUCUUCUCAUUUUACAUCCAGUUCGCUUUUACAUUGUCUAAAUCUCUCUUCCUUUCGAACUUGCCGACUCUUGCCUGGAGCUGGAGAUACUAACACACGUAUUCGCUGUCUUAGUCCUUAAAUCAUUACCCCACCUCAACAACUUAUAAAUCGCGACCAUGGUUAAAGCUGUUGUUGCCGGAGCCUCUGGCGGUAUUGGCCAGCCCCUAUCCCUCCUGCUCAAGCUCUCCCCCCUCAUUGACGAGCUUGCCCUCUACGAUGUCGUGAACACCCCCGGCGUCGCUACCGACCUCUCCCACAUUUCCUCGACUGCUAAAGUCACCGGCUACCUGCCCAAGGACGACGGCGGAAAGGCUGCAUUCAAGGAUGCGGACAUCAUUGUCAUCCCCGCCGGCAUUCCCCGCAAGCCCGGCAUGACCCGUGACGACCUCUUCAACAUCAAUGCUGGAAUCGUCAAGGGUCUGAUCGAGCUUGCUGCCGAGGUUGCCCCCAAGGCCUUCAUCCUCGUCAUCUCUAACCCCGUCAACUCCACCGUCCCCAUCGCCGCGGAAGUUCUAAAGGCGAAGGGUGUCUUCAACCCCCAGAGACUAUUCGGUGUCACCACUCUCGACAUCGUCCGUGCCGAGACCUUCGUUGCCGAGAUUGCUGGCAAGAAGACCGGCUCUGACCUAAUUGUCCCCGUUGUUGGUGGACACUCUGGCGAGACCAUCGUCCCUCUCUUCAGCAAGGUCAGCCCUAGCGUGUCAAUCCCCGAUGACAAGUACGCUGCUCUCGUCACCCGUGUCCAGUUCGGCGGUGACGAGGUUGUCAAGGCCAAGGAUGGUGCUGGUUCCGCUACCUUGUCCAUGGCUUUCGCCGGAUACCGCUUCGCGGAGAAGGUGUUGAAGGCUAUCAAGGGAGAGAAGGGCCUCGUCGAGCCCAGCUUUGUCUACCUCAAGGGCAUCCCUGGUGGUGAAGAGGUUGCACAGGCCACUGGCCUAGAGUAUUUCUCGGCGCCCGUUGAACUCGGACCCAACGGUGCCGAAAAGAUCAUCAACCCUCUUGAUGGCAUUACCGAGAAGGAGAAGUCUCUGGUGGACGUCGCCAUCCAAGGCCUAAAGACCAACAUCGAGAAGGGCAUCAGCUUCGCUCACAACCCCCCUCAAAAGUUGUAAGAGUGACGUAGUCGUCCUGAUUAGAGCCAGUCCAUGUCUCUCCAUCGUGUCCAGCCAAGUCCGUUUUAAGAAAUUCUGGAGGGAUUUCGGGAAUUAAUACCGGUAUAGGGGGCUCGUCUAGAGAGGUACUCGCUAGGGGGGCUGAAUAAGGUUGUGUUUUCUGUUGGCGGGAUAGGGCGGAAGGGGUGAAAUGGAGGGUGUAUUAGGUACGGGGUGGAACUCUGCGAUGCUUAACUUAGAAACAUCAUUGGUAGAUAUCAACAACAGUAACAGACCAAACACCUAAACGCCGUUACUUCUAAAUGCUAGAUCCCACCCUGCCUUUCCUUUCCUUCCUCUUUUCCUUCCUCUUACGCCGCCGCGCCUCUAAAAUUCCGGUAUGAUGGAUCCUGCCAUGCAUGUCUUACGUGGAUGUUCCGCGCGCCAGGAGAUAAUUCCGCCAUGUAGUAAGUACCUAGGCAGAUGAUACAUACGUAGUCUAGGUAGGUUGGUUAGGUUAAGUCAGGUGACGAGACCUCAUUGCUUGGCAGGCACCGUCUUGAUCUGGAAGACGGCGCCGGGAAGCUCGUUGGUCUCGGCCUGGACGGUGGCGGCGAUGCCCAUGGCGGCGAGGGCGCCGCGGAUGAUGCCGCAGGGGAACCAAAGGAA